AUGGAGGACAGUAACAGUAGUAGUAGUCAUAAUGAGAAGCCGAGCCGCCGUCAUCCUCUUUCACAAGUGGUUUCUGAUUGUGUGAGGCGGUGGUUCCAAGACACCCUCAAGGAGGCCAAAGCUGGGGACUUGAAUAUGCAGGUGUUGGUGGGUCAGAUGUAUUAUAGUGGCUAUGGUAUUCACCGGGAUGCCCAGAAGGGAAGAUUAUGGAUGACGAGAGCAUCUAGAGUUCGAUCUUCAGUUUGGAAAGUUAGCAAUAAACGGCCAGGUUACAAUGCAAGUGAUUCUGAUUCAGAUGAAUUUAAGGAUGAUUCUUGAUUAGAGCAAGUUUGCAGUUCUUUCCAAUACAAUUUGACAGUAAGUUGAAGUGAUUAGUGUUUGUUUUCCUUGGCUUACUGUCCAUUGAUUUCCGUUUCUGAACCUGCAUUGCAAAAUGAAUUCUGAAGCUAUUUUUUCUACUUUGACACAAUAUAUUUAGCUCCAAGGACCAUGCUUAUAGUUCAAAUUUAUUAGCAGUCAAAUGACAAUGAGCCUAUUGUUGAUGCACUUUUCUAAGAUGGAUAAGUCACUAGAUCAGAAAAAAAAGUCUCGGACAUUUGCAAUUGUGUGAAAUUAAGAGAUAACCCUAUUGAGGACCAGAUGAGGGGUGUAGUAGCUUAGUUAUGCAAAAAGAGUAGUUAACUACUCAAGUGAAGAGUGGGGUUGGAGAGAAAACGUGAGAUCCGGUCAAUGUUGUUGGUUGAUUGCUGGCAUCCAAUUAAAUAGAUGACAUGACCUUAUGUAUAGUAUGUUGGUGAGAAAGAACCAUCAGACAGGAUUACAAUAUCAUUGGAUUGGAGUUUAGUUGAGGUUGCUCUUUAUGUGUAUCAUUAAGCAUUGAAAAGAACUACAAGUACGUUAAAUCAGUUCCUAGUUGGUGUAUUGCCACAUUGUAAUUUCACUUGGAUGGCCACUUACAAUUGGAUUGUACCUACUUACCCUGCUUCUUAAAUAAUUGAGCACCUCAGGAUAAUGUAAUCUGAUUUCCCUCUUUAUGUUUUGCAGGGUCAUUACAUUUGUGACUGUGUUCUGAUCAUGGAUGUACCUAUCUUUCCCUCC